CACGAAGCAGCAAUCAUGUCAGGAAGAGGCAAACAAGGCGGGAAGACCCGGGCAAAGGCCAAGACUCGCUCAUCUCGGGCUGGGCUGCAGUUCCCAGUCGGCCGUGUUCACCGGCUGCUGAGGAAAGGCAAUUAUGCUGAGCGGGUGGGAGCCGGAGCUCCAGUCUAUCUUGCCGCAGUGCUGGAGUAUCUGACCGCUGAGAUCCUGGAGUUGGCCGGGAACGCUGCCCGGGAUAACAAGAAGACCCGUAUCAUCCCCAGGCACCUGCAGCUCGCUGUGCGCAACGAUGAGGAGCUGAACAAACUGCUCGGAGGGGUGACUAUCGCUCAGGGCGGUGUCCUGCCCAACAUCCAGUCCGUGCUGCUCCCUAAGAAAACCGAGAGCACCAAAGCGGCCAAGAGCAAGUGAGCCCAGGAAUGAGAGUGCCCUGACCCCAACCCAAAGGCUCUUUUCAGAGCCCCCCACUCUGUCUAAACAGCGCUGUGUAACCUGAUGGUACUCUGUAGUACAAAAUGAAACCGUACAUGUUUGAUAUGGGGACCUUACUGUGAAAUUCCGUUUGUAGGCAGACAUUUUGCUAUAAUGGUUGCUAAUGAAAAAAUGAUAUAUAGCUCAAGCACUAUUUUUAGUACUUCAAAGCUAAAUAAGAGCAAGUGUGCAGUGCUGUAACUAUAAGGCGAGCGCUUAAACACACGGGCAAAACAGCGCUGCUAGAUUUUUCUACGCCAAAUACAAUUAAUUCCACUUCAUUUACCUUUAUCCCAAACAGCGCAUUGGGGUAAACUAAUGCUACUGGGAAACAGUCGAUCGACCAACACCAUAAAACGCAAGGAACCUGUCCCUAUAUAUUGGGUUUCUGUAUUUUAAUUUGCCUGUAACACGGAAAAGCAGUGGCCUUUGUUUCAAGAAAUCCGAGCAGCAAAAGGGCCAGUAGCACCGAUAAUCUAAAUGUAUCAUAUAUAUACAGUUCCUGGCAUGAGUUCAAAUCAGUGUUUUUUGGGACUUUUUCUAAUCAAACCCAGAUGCCCAGAUUUUACUACAAUAGGUUAAAAGUGAGCAGCAAAAGGGACAAGCCCUGCAGAAAAUAUAGUGAUAGACUAACCGGUACAAUUACAUUGCAACAAAGACGAUUGUCGUGUGUAAACGCAAGUGCUGUGUAAUAGACACAAUAUAACACAAAUAUAUGUAAUUCUGCUGGUUCCAGUCUA